UCUGACAAGAAAAAGUGGAAACUAAAAGAAACAGAAACAACUGCUAGUUCUUGCCAUGGCAAUUUCAUCAGCAACAGCUAGUAUUAGUAUUUUGAGAAAAGACACAUUUGAAGGUGCAUUGCAGGCAUCAAAGCCCGGUGUGCAGUGUGUCGGAAUUCGUCGAUGUAGGAACGUAAGGUUUCAGAUCAAGGCUGGAGCAGCUGAAUCACCACAAGAAACGAAAGAGGUUGGUGGUGUUGAGUUUGAAGGAGAGAAUUCAACGUCAGUUGAAGCUUCAAAAGUUCCGUAUUCGAUAAUCUCCACUUUGAACGUCGAAAAGAUUCUCCGUGGAAUCCCUAUAACUGAUGUUGAUCACUAUGCUAGACUUGGAAUUCCACGGGGAUGUCUGUACGAUCAGGUUAACGUUGGUUAUAAGAACAAAUACGAAGAACUGAUGAAGCAAGAAUUGGAGGAAGAAGAACUUGCCAACAAAAUGGAUCUCUUGAAGGAAUCAUAUUCGAUUUUAUCAUCUCAAGAAGAGAGACGUUUAUAUGACUGGAGCUUACUAAGGACCGGAACUCCAGAUAGAUUUGCCUGGCCAUUUGAAUCCGACAUUACACAAGCCGAUGUCAUGCAAGGAACUCCACCUCCGGGAGAACCAGAGGAUUUUGGACCAACAAGGCUUGUAGGUUACUUCUUUGUGGGAUGGCUUGUACUGGCUGUUGUAUCGUCAAUCGCGUUUAAUCUAUAAACGAUUAAGGAACUAUGCAUCUAUUUUCUUGCUUCGCUGUAUAUUUUUCAUCACCUGAUUAGCUAAGAUCAUAACAGCAACUAGCAAAUAAAAUAUUUAAAAUUUCAUAUAA